UCCUUUCAGUCGCAGUCGCUUGCUAUUCAGGCCUUGACUCAGGACAGUGUGUGUGAGAGGGCAAUGGCGCUAGUGGUCAAUCCUGCUCCAGUACAGCACCAGUAUCACCACAAGAACUCUCCCAAGAGACGGGGGUCUCCUGUACAAGAUGAUAAGUUCUACGAGGAGACUCGAAAUCUCAUCACUGCAUGCAUCGAGUCCGCUUCUGGCAAGGAGCCCCUGAGCGUUAAACUGAGCGAAGAAGCACUGAGGAUAGUCGGUAUGGUACAGCAAACUCUAAAAGCUGAUGAGAUCUUCUUUCGCAAGCUAUGCGAAGAGCUUGAGCUGACGGCAACUAAUCUCUUUAGCAAGCUAAUGGACGUCUGGGGUGGUAUGUUCUCGGAUGGUCAGGUCAACAUAGGGCGUCUUCUGGCAUUGCUAGCUUUCUGUCAGUGUGUAACUGUGUACUGUAGGUCUGUAGGGCUCCCUUCAAUAGAGUCAAGUGUGCCCCAUUGGGCAAGUAUUUUCAUAUCAACAACACACCUCAAGGAUUGGAUUACUAAUAGAGGAGGAUGGGAUGCAAUAUCAAAAGAACUAAUGUUACGCACAUCUGCCACAAACAGUAGUACUAGUAGUAGAACAGCAAGCAACGGGGGUUGGUUACAAUGGGGAGUGAGUGGGAUUGCACUUGCAAUCUCUGUAUUCGAUGCACUGCACAAUUCAUCGUAGUCACACAUUUUUAUUUUAUUAUUUUUGAUUUUUUAAAAUGUAAAAGCUAUUGCAGCUAUAGUUCUGUCGGCAUUACUGAUACAUACAUUUGCAUUGUCAUACCUGACAUACUGUGUUUGCAUUUUUUUAUUAUUGAUUUUUGUGAAAUAUUUUUGAAUUUAUAUUCUUUAAAAAUUAAA